UAGAGGACAGAGAGAGAGAGAGAGAGAGAGAGAGAGGAGCAACCUACACAGCUUAAGUGUAAAAAAAUAGUUUAGAAUGAUUUAGUUGGACAUCUCACUUGAGGAGUAAACAGAAUAUUAAAUGAUUACUUUUACAGGAAUAGCACAGAUACAUACUAGUAGAAGAUGAGUAUUUAAAAACAUACUUCCUGGGAUAUAGUAAGGGAUUUAGUUUGGAAACUGCAUCACUUUGAGUUUGGUGCUUUGAGUUUGUUUCUAGAGGAUCAUCCUGGCCAACAUGGGCGUUGUGACUUAAAGACAGGGCUGGAGAGAUAACUUGAGGCGUGUGAUAAGUGAGCACACACUGGCGCACUUCCCCACACGUCAUCUACCUCCAAGUAUUUCUUCCUGUUGUUAUUGACACAACGAUAAAACUGAGGCCAUCACAUAAAUCAAACGUGUUCACGCAUUUAAAUGAAAAAAUGGGUGAAAUGAAAAUGUACCUGACAUUCCAGCACCCGGACCAGCAUGCGUGGCAUAUAUAUAGUCUCAGAAACUUGAUCAUGCUAAUACCAUUGAUAUAAGUCUGUAGAUAUCGACGUAUAACAAACUUCUAGCAUAAGAGAGUUCUCCUUACAGAAAAAUGAUGAGUCCUCGUCUGAGAACAUUAGUUACUCUAGUUACGUCAUUCUGUGUAUGUACGCUUUACAUACAACAUGUCUGUGGGCUGACCUACUUUACACGCGAUGAUCUCUUCAAGAAAUACAAAACUUUCACCAGGGUGUCAGCAGCCAACAAAACAUCCUUCACCCAGGAAGAGAAGGAUCUUAUUCUUAACAUUAGUAACGCUUACAGAAGUGUGGUCUACCCACCGGCUUUUGAAAUGAGAGAACUGACCUGGGACCUUGAUCUCGAGGAGUAUGCCAGGAACCACACACAGAAGUGCACCGGGGCGCACAGUGCUGCCACUAUGGUGAAGAAGAUAAAUGUUGAUGACCCAAACACAUGGGUGACAUGGAGCUUGAUGGGGGAAGUUUUGUACUACAACUACGGGGGUGUUUACAGUAUUGAAGAAGCCUUUUACUUAUUCUGGGAGGAAGGUUCAAAAUACGACAUCGGUACAAACAACUGUACACACUCAAACACAUGUGGCCAUUACAAAGUGCUGACCACUGACCACUCCUCUAAAAUUGGCUGUGCUCUAAAUAUUUGUAACAGUUUUACCAUCAGCAAGUACCCGGUCCCAGCAACCUUCCUGAUGUGUAGUUAUGAUGGCAUGUUUUUGAGUGACGAUAGGCCGUAUACAGUAGGUGUACAGUGUGCAGGAUGUACUUCGAGCAGAUUAGGUUACUUUUUUCAAUACUGUCGUAACCGAAUUUGUAUUGGUCCGAAUCUAAGGUUUCUGAAUUUGGGGUUUAAUGGAUCGACAUUGGUCAUUGGCUUCGAUUACAACGAUAUCAUCGUUGUAAAUGAUUCAAUUUCAACAUCCACAGUGGCUUUGACAACAACAACGUUGAAAACUGUGAUCACAGAAACCUCAAUGACAACUCUACUAACAACAUCUGCAGCACCAGGAAUAACGACAACUACUCAGAUUCUUACCACAACUUUGGAAACAAUUGAGACAGUGUCGACACCGCAGAGUACUUCUUCAAACACGACAUCAUCCAGCACAGCCAUUCCAUUCACCUCCACGACCACACCAUUUACUACACUAUCAACUACUUCAAUUACACCACCAUCUACUUCAACCACACCAUUAUCUACUUCAACCACACCACCAUCUACUUCAAUCACACCAUCAUCUACUUCAACCACACCAUCAUCUACUUCAACCACACCACCAUCUACUUCAACCACACCAUCAUCUACUUCUUCAACCACACCAUCAUCUACUUCAACCACACCAUCAUCUACUUCAACCACACCAUCAUCUACUUCAACCACCCAAUCAACAUCUUCAACCACAGCAUCAACAACUUCAGCAUCACCAGCUACUUUAACGACACCAUCAUCUACUUCAACCACACCAUCAUCUACUUCAACCACCCAAUCAACGUUUUCAACCACAGCAUCAACAACUUCAGCAUCACCAGCUACUUUAAUGACACCAUCAUCUACUUCAACCACACCAUCAUCUACUUCAACCACACCAUCAACUACAUCGACCACCCAAUCAACUACUACAACCACACCAUCAACUACUUCAACCACCCAAUCAACUACCAGAACCACACUAUCAACUACUUCAACCAACCAAUCAACUACUACAACCACACCAUCAACUACUUCAACCACACCAUCAACUACUUCAACCACAGCAUCCACUACUUCAACCAAAUCACCACCAACACAAUCAACGACUGAUUCAACUACGUCAGCAACGUCUACAACACCAUGGACAACAAAGUCAACCACAUCUCUGACCACAGCAACCACAUCUCUGACCACAGCAACCACAUCAAAUACAACUGAGUUUAUCCCUGACACCACAUCAACAUCUGACUUAACAACAACUACUUCACCGAAAACUGUCCCAUCGACCCUAAAACCUACAACUGUGACAGGUAAAAGGACUGUCAGUAGGGCAACUUCAACAGUGUCAAUAUCGAAGUGUUUUUAUUAUGUAAGCUGUUUUGUAGUGCUCUUUGUAAUAACAAUGUAGAACCUACAAAUGGCGUCGUAGUUUAAUUAUAGCUGUAAUCUAUCUCUGAUAGUGGAGAUACAUAUCUUUGCAUUUUAAACACAUCUACUGUUGUCUACCAAUAGACCAAUUACGAAUGCUUACUGGGGCAUUGGCGUUUCUUAUGAAGACUAGUCUACAGGAAUAACUUAUUGAACUAACUAUUUAGCUGGCUUAUUUUAGAUCAACGGAGGAGCUAAUGUGUCCAAUGGCACAUAAACAAAGUUUUAGACUGAGACAUUAAAACAAAAUAUAGAGAUGUUUAAAGUUUAAACCCAAUCAAUGGAUAUUUUGUCGUAUGUCAUAUUUUGUCUAUUGACCAGUAAUUUUAUAAAUAUUAAGCCAUUUUAUUUAUUUAUAAAUAUGUUUUUGUUCGCGUAGACAUGUUUUUUUUUUUUUUUUUUUUUUUUACAUUUUUAUAACAAAAUUUCAUUUUAAUAUGAGCAGGUCAGGAGUGGCGCUACUGAGUGAGGCCUUUUUGUUAUCUGCUGCUCAACAUUUAUUCAUUUUUUUAGUAGGCAGGUGGUAGCUCUACUGGGUGGGCCCAAUCUGUGCACCUCGGUCUGCGACCAAGGGACUAGAGUCGCCUAAGCAACCAGACAGCACAAUCAAACUAAACUAAACUAAACUAAAAGGAAACAAACUAAAAAUAAAACAACCAACUAAAUUUAUAAAACAACUUAGUUAUAUACUUUAUUUACAUGAAACCAAAACAACAGUAAUAAAACUAAAUAUACACACUACUAAACGAUUGAUCAACCCUACUUAACUGAACCUAACAAAUAAAGCAGUUAUUUGGCAGGACUACAGCCGUAAGAUACUACACAGAAAUAAUGGCAGCUGUACAGCAGCAAUAAAACAACAGCUAUAAGGCAACAGCUAUAAGGCAACAGCUAUAGGUCAGACAGUUGGGCAGCAGAAAUAAUGGCAGUUAGGCAGCUAGGCAGAAAGUAAUAACUGCGGCAGACAGUUAGACAGACAGGCAGGAAUUAUAGCCUGCAAUUACAAAUAUAAACAAACAUAAGACUUAAGACAUAAUAUAACAAAAUAAUAAUUAACUAGACCUAGUCUAGCACAUACACAUACCUAAAUGCAUGAGGUUAAUACUAUUACCUUCAUUUAGCUAAUAAAAAGCCAUACAUUAUUAUUAUUAUGAUACCUACUUAAAAGCUUACGCCACAACACAUGUUGGGCCACGGCCAGGCAAUAAUAAACAUAAAUCUAGAUUUGGCUUAACAAAGCCGCCAUCAUGGAGCGUUGAGUAGGACGCAGCCAUCAUUUACAUUAAAAAUUAAAAUCAGACACAUGCCAACUUGUUAGAACCGGUAUCCUAACAAUAUUAUAAUAUUAAUAAAAAUACUUUUAGAAGACAUAAAAUAAUAAAAUAUUUACACAUAGUAUAGGAAAGCAAAAGCAUUAAGGAUGGCGCAAGGGGGUGACGCUACCCAAGUCUACGGAACUUCCGGUUCCAUCAGAGGUAAUCAUGGCUAAUUAACUGGCCAGUGACACCACUACACUAAUCAGUCUACAUCUAGACUAUAGCAAUAGAUGUAGGAACAAUCAAUACAAAUACAAACUAAAGAGAGUAAAAUAAAAACAUUUUCCAACCAACAGGCGGUCCCAGCUGAAAUUACACAACACACAAUUAGCUUUAUACAGGCACCACUGUCAGCACUGACCACUGGUCAAGACAAAAGAGAGCUCAACGUGGUUCCGGAGCUAGCUAUAACUGGUCAGCGCGAACAUAUCGGAGAGCAUGACGUCACGCUUAUUAUCUAAAACUAAACUGGACUACCGAUUUCCCUAAUUUGUACCUAGCCGUACACAAAAAUAAAAUCUAGCAAAUUACUAAAGACACGGACUACACAACAUUAUAUAACAAAAUAAACAGUAUUAAAAAGAGAAACUUAAAAUUUAAAUCCUACAAAAUACAAAAAGGAAGAUUAAAAGUUAUUUCUAUUCUAAACUCAUAUGGGGGCUCUAUACCAUUUACAGACCUGCACAUAAACUGAAAUUAAAAAAUAACAACUAAUCCAACACUAAUGCCAAAGACAAAAAUAAGCAGAACUAACCAGGGACAAAAAAUAGGAAAGAACAUCCACAACUCUAAGGCUAGUUAACUAUUUUAAAAACUACUUUUCCUCUACGAGUAAAACACAAAUAACAGAAAAAGACUAAAACUAGCAGAAAGUUAUAAAUAGCGGAAACUACAAAAUACUCAGCACUGAACUAUAUAAACUAAAACGACAAUAAAUUACAAACGUCAUAGCCCUGGCCUAUAUAAAUAAUAUACAUAAUAAAAAUAUAAAAUAAAGAUAAAAUUAGAUCCAGGAGCGCCAGCUCACAUUAAAAAUAUUUUGUACAAAAGUUGUCUUUUUUAUAUUUCACUAAAACAUUGACAAUGUUUAUGGAAGACUAAUGUUAGAGCCCAAUGCACUUCUAAUUGGACUUAAAGAUUUGUGUGAUGUUCAAUUAUUUAUCAUCAGAUAUAUUAAAUCCUCUUACAUGUGGAAAGAUUUACUGAAAUAAUUGUAGAUCUAUUGGGGAUUGAGUGCUGGGACAAGUCCCAAAAAAGCCUGUGGAGUCUGGGAGCGCAUGAGGCGCACUGACCGCACUUCCCCGUGGUGGAGGUUAUCCAGGCCUGAGCAAGCUAUUAUAGCACAGUGAAGGGCAUGCCACCGUCAUGUUGGCUCAUAUUUCUCACGUCUAUGGCCAAAUUACGAUUCACGGUACCCACGCUGAAGGGAAGAAGAGGAAACCGUGCCUCAUAUUCUGUUUGACUGCCCUAGACUUGCAGAUCUCCGCCUCGACAGGUCUGAGAGACCAAAAAUUUUCGACCUGUAUGGUGACUUAUAUGCACUAAGCAAGACAGCAGGGUUUCUGUCCAGGGCGUUUACAAGAGAGGAUUUAAGCCUCUCAAGCCCUCACUCCAAUGGAGUUUGAUGAUGAUGAUGAUUGGGGAAAGUGGUGGAAGCAACAAGAAUCACGUUUUGGUGUACCUGGUGAACCCAAUCAAGGGAAUGUUUUGAUGAACUAUCAUUUGGUAAAAGGGAGAUGAUAAUUUCGUUGUUCAAUUUUUAGCUCUACAUAAACACAUUUUCUAAGUUUUUCUGUUUGUAGUACCAAAUAAUUUCAAUAUGAAGUAAGCAUUAGACUUUUACUCCAUGACUUGUUCGCCCAUCGUGGUCGUGAUAACCACUUUUGUUAUCCAGGGGGCUGAGGGAUUUGCACUGGGAUUUGUGCCUUUUCGUGGGGCUGGUGAGACCUACGUGAGCCCGGAAAAUGUUCGGCUGUACACUGGGCAGGUUAUUCCAACUAAGGUGUCAUUAGCCUUGCUUUUUGUUUCCCUCUGACGCCUUUCUUCUGCUAGCGCUGUUCUCUUGUCCUCUGCUAUUUGUGCCCCAGUUUUCACAGCGCGACGCCAUAUGCUCUAUCAUGUGCUUCCGUCUCCCAGGUGGCUGGGUCAAUGCUGAGGGCUUUCAGAGAAGCUUUGAGGAUGUCCCUGAAGCGUUUUAUUUGUCCACUUUGUGAGCACUUUCCUUCCAUUAAUUGGCCAAACAGGAGUCGUUUAGGAAUGCGGGGGUCUUUCAUUUUGCAGAUGUAGCCUGUCCAUCGCAGCUGGGACUGCAUCAUAAUUGUGUGGAUGCUUUGCAGGCCUGCUCUUCGUAGGACUUCAGUCUCUGGUAUUUUUUCUUGUCAUUUAACGUUCCGUAGUUUUCUGAUUGGAAGUGGUUCGUUUUUUUACGCUUGUUUACCAUAUGCUGUCUACGUUUCUGAUGUAUAGAGCAAUGCAGGUAGGAUGGCAGCUCGAGGAGCUUUGCGCUUGUGAUGAUAGGCCUACCUCGUCUAUUCCAAAAUUGUAGACAAUCAUCCAUAGAAUGCAUGGCCAUGACUUCUAACUUCUUUAAAACAAAUGGACAACUAACUAGUGUAAUAAAAAAAAAUUGAAACGAAUAGCAGCUGCCACACUUGAAGAUAUUGUUAAAAUUAUCUCUCCGUUCUUUAGCAUUGAGUUGACAGCAAUGAAGAUCAAGUAAGCGUCCUUGACAUUGUUAGUGAAAAUCUCCACUAGAGAAAUAAGAAAGUGAAGAUCUUGCGGGACCAACUAAAAAACUUUUAGGUCACGAGGUCUUUUCCUGCUACAAAACAGCUUUUCAAUGUUGGUCCAGCUCAGUUUCUUUUACAUAGAUCUAUGUUUAAUUGUGUUUAACAAGUAGUCACAUUUUAAAUCAAGUCAGAUACUUAAAAAAAAGCUUACAAAGCUAAAAGGUAUGCUCAAUCCACUGCUAUCGUAUUGGUUGUAGGCUAUUUAUAAUGAAUGUUAUUUUCUGCACUGUGUGUGAUAAAUUGUAAAUUUACCCCGCCUAAACUAUUUUUAAAUAGUUAAUUUGUUCUUAGAACUUGAUAUGAGUGCUUGAAGUCUCUUACAGACUUUGUGAUAAACAAAAAUAUCAAUGUGUUCAUUUUCUUUGUUGUUUUUUUUCCCUCGACUUUUUGUGUACUUAAUUUUGUUAAAUAUUGAUUAUCUAUAUUUAUCGUUUAUACUUUUCAAUGUGUCUAUGAAAUGCCAAAGAUUUUAUUUCACGUGAUUUUUAUGCUGACGAGUUGUGAAUAGACGUGCCAUACUUUGAUAAAACUGUUGACUGGUGUAGGGUAGGCACUGUAUUUGUUUUUUAAUUAAUGAACGUACGUAAUAGGCUCAGACGUAAUUACAAAUUUGGCUAAAUUUAUUCCUAUGUCACUGUUGAACUUGUUGAUCUACAUGUUGUUGAGGCUUUCAAUUCUUUUUCUGUUCAUUAUCUUAUCGUCACGUCUGGAAAAGCUAAAGCUAUAACUAUCAAAGUAACGCCAAGUGUGGAACCGAUCAGUUCUCAGCUGUCUCGUUAGAUAUGUAGACUAUGGAUUUACCAAUAGUCUGUCCAAUUAUAUGAACCCCAAGCUGUGAUGUAGUCUUUUCAUAAUAGUGUACAAAUCUUAGAUGUUUGUAUUUAUUAUUAAAUAUUGUUGAGAAGUUUACAUUUGAGAUUCAAGAUUUGCUUCUAGCUUGCUUAGUCCACUAUGGUCAAAUCUCUUUUAUAGACGUGUAGGGGAGGAGGUGGUGUGUGGUUUCCGUGUUGCUAGGCACUCAGUAAACAAAACUCAAUGGGCAUGAUUUUGUUUUAGGAGGUACCUGAUUGAUUAAAAAGGCACUCAAUAAUAGAAAUAUGCAUAGCUAGAAGCGAUUCAUAUUUUUGAAGUAAGAAAUAUAUAGACUAGUAGCUUUUUAAAAAAUCUCUAUCUCGAUGUGCGAGACAGCGAAAGAAUAAAUAAAUUUAGGAAUGCGAUUGGAUUAUAGGCAACUCUUGUGUUCUAUUAAUCUAGAAGAAUGUCACUCUAAUGGAGACAUUCUAUGAACUUAAAAGAAGAUAUUUUUGAAGCCUGAAAUAAGUAGAAACCUUACAGAAUACAUGUAUACCUUCCUUUUGUUAUGUAGACUUACUGAAGAGUUACAUUUGGUUCAAUAAAACAUUCCCAAUCUUG